GUCCUUUUUUAGUUGCAAACCAAAAGGACGAAGCAAAAGAUAACAUAACCAAAAAAAAACAGGGUUUAUUGUUAGUAAAUUCUUUAAACUCAUGGCAAAGAAGUUGCUACUGAUUGUCCUCCUUGCUUCACACUUGUUCGUGUCCGGAGUGUUGUCAGUGAGUAACAUUACCAUAGAGAACAAAUGUAAUCAGACAGUUUGGCCAGUAAUCUUCUCAUGGAAAUCAAACCUCUCCACCACUGGUUUCGUUCUCAGAAGCGGCGAGGCGCGUGCCCUACCGGCGCCAUCUUCAUGGGAUGGUCUUAUCUCGGCUAGGACGCUCUGCUCAACAAACUCGACUGGAUACUUCUCGUGCGCCACCGGGGACUGCGGAUCCGGCAUCAUAGAAUGUCCCGGCUCAUAUGGUUGGUCUGCCGUGACGUAUGUCUACUUUAGAAUGGACCACGGCGGAGUUAGCACCUACACAAUCACUGUCGAGCACGGUUACAACCUUCCCUUAGUGGUAGUCCCGUCACAGCCUAGCCAGACAUGUAUCAGCACCGGUUGUUUGGUUGACUUGAACAAGACUUGUCCAGAGGAUCUUGGUUAUUUCACCGCUGGGAAACAAAUCGGCUGCAUAAGCGCGUGCAGAAAGUACGGCACCAGAGAAAUUUGCUGCACUAAUGACUUCAGGUCAAAGGAAAGAUGCGAGAGGACGAUGUACACGAAGAACUUCGAGCAAGCUUGCCCACUCACCUAUAGCUAUGCCUUCGAUGAAAAUAACAGCACCAUUAAAUGCCCUAAGUCAACUGACUUCGUCGUCACGUUUUGUCCCUCGUCCAUUCCCAAUAACACCAGAAGCUCCAUGUCUCCAUUUGCAGGACCCAAAAAUAAUUCUCAAGGGAAGUUAAAACCCAUACUUGGAGGCUCAUCCGCCUUAGCCGCGUUGAUCAUUGUUGUUGCGGUUGUGGUAAUGGUUAGAGCAAAGAAUGCGAGAAGAAAGCGUGAUUCAAAUUACGAGAAGAUUGAAGCGGUUGUAAUGUUGAAACGAUAUAGUUAUGCAGACGUCAAGAAGAUGACAAACUCAUUUGCCAAUGUUCUUGGAAAAGGAGGAUAUGGAACUGUCUAUAAAGGAAAACUACCCGAUUCGAGCGGACAGGAUAUCGCACUUAAGAUCUUAAAAGACCCAAAAGAGAAUGGAGAAGACUUCAUCAAUGAACUAGCUAGCAUGAGCAUAGCAUCUCAUGUCAACAUCGUCUCUCUCUUUGGAUUCUGCUAUGAAGGGAGCAAGAGAGCUAUCAUCUACGAGUUCAUGCCUAAUGGAUCCCUUGACAAGUUCAUUUCCGAAGAUAUAUCAACGAAGAUGGACUGCAAAACGUUAUACAACAUUGCGUUAGGCGUUGCUCGUGGGUUGGAUUACUUGCACAAUAGUUGCGUAUCAAAGAUUGUGCAUUUCGAUAUAAAGCCACAGAAUAUACUCCUAGAUGAAGAUUUGUGCCCAAAGAUUUCGGAUUUUGGUCUUGCUAAGCUGUGCAAGAAAAACGAUAGCAUCAUAUCAAUGUUGGAGGCGAGAGGGACCGUUGGUUACAUUGCUCCUGAAGUGUUUUCCAAGAGCUACGGAGCAGUUUCCCAUAAGUCUGAUGUGUAUAGUUAUGGAAUGGUGGUGCUUGAGCUGAUUGGUUUGACCAGCAGAGAGAGAGCUGAAACUUGUAGGUCCAGUAUGAGUACAAUGUACUUUCCGGAUUGGAUCUAUAAGGAUCUGGAGAGGAAUGAAAAUAUGAGAGUAUUAGGAGAUCAUGUUAUUGAAGAGGAAGAGGAGAUAGUGAAGAAAAUGACGUUAGUGGGUUUGUGGUGUAUUCAGACCAAUCCAUGUGACCGUCCACCGGUGAAAAAGGUUGGUGAGAUGUUAGAGGGAGGUCUAGAAGCUCUAGUGGUUCCACCUAAGCCUCUCCUUACUCCAGCCAUAAUGGCUUGGGAAACUAUUGAAGAGAGUGAAGAGACUUCUAGUCUUCUGACACUAAGCCACUCAGAAAGAUUUUAAAAUCUUUAAAGAGUUCAUAAUGAAUAAACACUAGAUCUUUUUUACUAUAUACAAACAUAAGAAUUCAACUGAAGGUAGUCAGAAAAAAAGAAAAAGAAAAAAAGAGAGCGUCAAUAAGUAUUCAACAGUUUUAAAUGUUCAUUAACGUGUAAAAGUCUAUAGAAAAUAAUUCUUCAUGAAACAUAAGGAGUAAAAA